GUUAAGUAACAGAUUGUGUACUAAAAAAAGAAAUAAUGCGUAAGCAUAGAUUAACGUUGGCAUACAAAAACGUCAAAAUUGUUUAGCUUAAGAACUGUUGUAACUAGUUAUAGCUGGGAUUUUGUCUUAGUAGUUGAGUAGGCAUAUCAUUUAUGACAAUUUACUUCCAACUGUUUUCUUGAUUUGGGGGAUCGUUAAUACUUAACAGCUAUAACCAGUUAACAAAAUAAAUAAAUAAAUAAAUGUGAGUAUUAACUAAUAAUUAAUCAUAGAAUUCUGGUAGUAGUUAUUAGUUAAUUCCAUUGCUCAAACAUUACUUGACAUGAUAAUAUGUAACGCAAAAUACUAACAAACUUGCAAUAAUAUGAAGACUAUUAAUAUUAAAAAGUCUCUUCUCAUUCAACUUUGCAUGGAUCUUAAAAACACUCUGGUUGUGUUCUUCAUAGCCCAUGCACAUUUCAUGAUCUCGCAAUAGUCCUCAUCAUUGCAUUGACAACAAUGGAGAUAAACCAAACAAUUUUCAAGCAAGUGAGAGUGAUAGAGUCAACACAGAAAUCCACUAUCUAUGAAGUUUGUCUCCAUAUACCGCCCAAAAUAGUGUCGGACGGCAUCUGGGCCAACAAAAAAUCCGGCAACUUCCCUUUGCAGUCAAGUUUGACAUUGUUAGAGAUGCAAAUUUGCGUCAUUUUCACCCUCAUGCAUUGCUUUCAUUUCGUUCUCAAGCGAUUGGGGUUCCCCUAUUUCGUUUCGCAGGUGUUGGUAUGCUCAAUCUCUUCUGUCUCUCUCUCUUUUUGCACAUGAAGAAAUGAAGAUAAAUUUCAUCAUUACUUGCAUCACAAGGAUCAAAAUUCAAAACCUUUUUACAUUACCGUCUUCAAUUUUUCAGGUUGGCUUUGUUCUAGGCCCUUCAUUGAAUAUAGAUUGGUUGAACAAAUACAAAAUGAUGGUGUUUCCUUAUGGAACUGAAGAAGUAUUGGGGCUAAUUUCAUUGGUUGGCUACACAUUCUACAUGUUUCUGAAUUCUGUGCAAAUGGAUUUUAGCAUGAUAACAAGAAGUGGUAUGAAACCUUGGGCAAUGGCGGUUGCUGCAGUAGUUGGACCUCUGGUCAUCUGUUUGAGCAUAUCUUUUGGAACAAGAACUGUCUGGCAAGAAGUCGCUGGACCCGGGGAAACAUUGAAUUUGGUGGUGAUUACCCAAGCUGGCUGCUCCUUUGUUGUCAUAGCUUCCUGCCUCUCUGAACUAGACAUCUUGAACUCUGAACUCGGACGCAUUGCGUUGACAACAGCGCUUUCGAGCGAUUUCCUUACUGCCAUAAUGAAUUCACUAAGCAUUAUCUUUACCAAGAGCCAAGCUGAAAAAUAUGAUGCAAAAAAAAUGGCUAGUGUCUUGGCAGUGUAUUUUGCUAUUGUAGUCCUAGUUCCUCUCAUCGGCCGCCCUACAAUGAAGUGGGUGGCCAAGAACACCCCGGAAGGAAGGCCGGUGAGGAAGAUAUACACCUUUGCCAUGGUCCUCUCGGCUCUUAUCAUAGGGUGUUUUGCACUAGAAGCCAACCUACCCAUCAUAUUUGGAAUUGUGAUGUUAGGAUUCGUCGUGCCGGAAGGUCCUCCAUUAGGAUCUGAGCUAGUCAAGCAAUUUGAGUUGAUCAAUGUAUGGUUCUUUCUGCCACUCUUCGUGACCGCUGCCGCCAUGAAGGUAGAUCUUAACAAAAUAGGUGAUGACCCUGCUAUGGCAGUGGUUACAACAGCAGUCAUAUUGAUGGUCCAUUUGAUCAAGAUGUUAUUGUGCACAAUAAUUUGCAUCUUUUGCAAGAUACCAACAAGAGAUACUAUCUGCCUUGGUCUAAUCUUAUGCUGCAAAGGUGUUGUGGAUUUUAGUGUCUACCUGUUUCUGUAUGAAUCAGGGGUAAUAAUCAAUUCUACACUCCAAUUUUCAUGCAGAUAGUGUUUUGUUUUCCUUCUUCUUAUUCUUUUGCUAUGCUCACAAGGCAUCAUUUUGAUAUUGCAGACAUUGAAUAGUUCAACAGUUGCUACACUGUUUGUAUCUGCAUUGAUACUUGGAAGCACUGCAUAUAUUGGUAUCAAGUCCUUAUAUGACCCUUCAAGGAAAUAUGCAGGGUACCAAAAAAGGGACAUUUUGCAUUUGAAACCAAAUUCAGAUCUUAGGAUUGUUGCAUGCAUCCAAAAACCAUAUCAUGUGAAUAUGAUCAAGAAUAUGUUGUAUCUUUGUUGUCCAACAAUAACUAGCCCUCUUCAGGUGGAAAUACUGCACCUCAUAGAGCUAGUUGGGAGUGCCACCCCCAUCUUUAUCUCACACCAGCUCCAAGAGUCGGUCAGCAGAAGUCACAACUACUCCGGCGAUAUCAUGCUCGCCUUUGAUCUCUUCAAGCAUGAGAACGCCACAGUAGAAGUGAACACCUACACUGCCGUAUCGCCACAGCGCCUCAUGUACGAAGAUAUCUGCCAUCUUGCCCUGGACAAGGUUGCAUCCCUCAUUCUCCUUCCGUUUCAUAUCAGAUGGGCUGACGACGGUUCUAUUGAUUCAACCGAAGAGAGCAUACGGACCCUGAACAACAAGGUACUUGAAAAAGCACCAUGCUCGGUUGCCAUUCUUGUGAAUAAAGGCCCUUGUGACAUUGCAUCAAAGCACAUAGCCAUGAUCUUCUUGGGGGGUUCAGAUGAUAGAGAAGCAUUGUGCCUUGCUAAAAGGGCAAUCACAGAACUUCAUUAUAAAUUGGUUGUGUACCAUUUGGUUGGAACACAGAAUGAGUCCAGCAAUUGGGACACUAUGCUUGAUGAAGAGGUGCUACAGAGUGUGAAGGGGUGUUAUGGAACUGUUGACAAUGUUGCAUAUGAAAGAAUAUUAAUUGAGGAUCCUUCACAAACCCAAAGAUUCAUUCAGACUAUAGCUGUUGAGCAUGAUUACUUCAUAGUUGGGAGACGCCAUGGUGUCAAAUCAUCUCUUACAGCAGCACUUGAAAAAUGGACUGAGUUCUCAGAGUUAGGUGCAAUUGGGGAUUUGCUUGCAUCACCAGAUACCAAUUCUAAAGCUACAAUUUUAGUUGUGCAGCAACAGAAAAUGCCACAGCCUAACUCAUAGAUCCUAGUUGCCACCCUUAGGUUUUGUAGUUUGUGUUGUUAUGUUGUAAAUAAAAGUAAAAUAAUCACAAUGCUGUGCUAGUUUUUCAUAAGCACAGUGCAACAACAAGUGUUGCAUCAAAUUCCUGCUAGUUUCAGAACCUGCAAGUGGUUUCUUUAAUCUGAAUUCAUUUCAUCUGUUGAUUAAUUUGAAAAGCAAAGAGAAAAACAAAGAUUUGCAAAGCAUAUCAUCAAUCAGUACAUAAAACAAGAUCAUUGGUUUGAAGAGAAAGGAGCACAUAUCCACAACAAGACAAGAGUACAUAAUUCAACUAUCAACUUGAUAUCUUAAGAUACAUCACUAUUUCAAAAUAUCAACUUGAUCUCUCAAGAUACAUCAUUAACCAACA